AUGGGCAUCCUCUACGGUGUCUCUGAGGCCACGCUGAAGAAGUAUCACGGUUGGGCCAGAGAGUACAAGCUCUUCAUGGCGCACGAGCUGCCAAAAUUGGACGCGAGUAGGUUUGGUGAGGAGGCCUUGUUGAGAAACACGAACCCCGACGAGAUCGGGGUUGCGCUCGAGCAGAACAUGGGUGGUGACUGGAAGAUGGCGGAGGGCGACGAGCAGUGGUUCCACGGCCGUGAGACAAAUCCGUGGCGCAAAUACGUGACCUUCCUCGCGAACGAGACGGUCGCGCAGUCGGACAGAAUGGCCACACUCAAGCGGCCCGACAAGACCUUGAAGAAGAGACGCCAGUGCUCUCGUGCAAUGCUGAUGGGGCGUCUCAAGGCUUUGAACCUCCUCAUCAAGCUGGACGCGGCCAUCUUCAGGAAGCCCGUUCUGAACCUGCUGCGUGACUUUGCGGAGUGUCGCAUCUGGGUCCGCGUUCAAGAACGCGACCAGUACAAGCGGUUUAUCGCGACGGGCAAGACAAACAAGGACUUCUCGCUCAACUACAUCUCGGCAGUGAGACACAUAGAUUGGAGUCUGUGCGCGGUCGGAGCCACGCUGCUCUGGCUGCACUGGGUGUACGAGUUGGUCCCCAUCCUCUACGGGGAUAUAGCCCCCCCUCUCGACUUCACGGAACCCUUGACGUGGUACGACCAGUACCUCUUCUUCCCCCUUCGCGCGGGCACAAAGAAGCAGAUACCGCCCACGACUCAUCACGACUGGGCGGCGAAGAUUUUGGGGGACGCGGGAAUCACAUGCUCGCGUGUGGUUCACGCGACGAGAGCUGGUGGGGCUCAGCACUCGUCCGCGGACGGAAUGCCCUCUGAUCAGCUGGCAAGACUAGGGGGUUGGCGCUUUAUCGACGUGAUGACUAAGCACUACCUCACAACUAUUUCGAGGGAGGCCGUGCUCCUGAAGGCUGGCUUCACAGGGGCUGAUGGUGACUACUUCCUGGGUCGCGCAACUGUUCCGGUGAGCGAGAAGCUGGAGAAGCAAUUGAGGAAGCACAUUUUCCCCUGGGCCGCACCGGACAAAGGACAGAAACAGGAGGUCAGUACUAGAAUGGACGCGCAGAACCAGGUGACCGUCCUCACUGUGUACCUGACUCGUUCGCAAGCGGACAACACCAGGCUGGGUGUAGAGUUGGUAGCGACUCAUAAACGGGUGAAAGAGCUGGAGGUUCUGUUGGAAGAUAGCGAUCGGGAGCUGGCCGCGAAAGACGAACGCGUGAAUGAUCUGGAGGCCCAGCUGUCGUGUCUCACCGUGAGCAGCUCAGGGCCGACCGCGGAUCCGAGUCCGGCAAACACUCCUGGAGCCGUGGCCGCGCCUACCAAUGCCGAAACCCCCACCGACCAGGGAACACGUAAGAAACCCGCACAGCCGACCAGGGACGAGACAAUUCGGGACGCAAUCAUGAAACCAUGGGUCAACGCGACCAAGCCGUCGGACGGAUGGAAGCUGUACAAGUCCACGCACCCGCUGAUCGGCGAGAGUCCAGAGUCGCUCCUGUCCCAACCCCCCGGUGCAGUUACGCGAAUGGCCGAGCUCAUUGGGAAGGAGGGAGGCGGCCAGAACGCCGCCCAGAAUGCGAUAAACCGUGUAAAGCGAGUCAUGGACUUCAUCUCCCGCAGGGUGGAGCAGGGAGACAACAUCGCGGUCGUGCUCGACAAGCUCGACCUCGUGUCUCGAACUGUGGGCAUGUCGGGUGUGUCGGAAGGUAUCGCGGUGAAGAAGAAGAGUGUUAACUUGAACCUGAGCGAGCUGAAAAAAGGUUCUCCGGCGGAGGUGCAGUUGCGGGUGAAAUGGAUGCUGGUACGCGACCGCAUGAUCGAUGCCUCUCUACCCGCGUCAGAGUUUCCGGUCGCGUGGCCUCAGUACUGUGCCCAGAUGCCCCGACUAGCUUAA